CGUGCGGGCGGCGGGGCUGGGGCCGGGCAUGAAGCCCUGUGGCGACACUGGCGCGGGCGGCUAUGAGCGACAUUGUGGAGAAGACCCUGACGGCGCUGCCGGGACUCUUCCUACAGAACCAGCCGGUCGGAGGGGCCGUGGCCGCCAGGGCGCCCUUCUGCUCGCGUCUGGGCAGCCUGGUCCGGGGCAUCACCGCGCUCACCUCCAAGCACGAGGAAGAGAAGUUAAUCCAGCAGGAAUUAAGUAAUCUGAAAGUGACGGUUUCUGCUCCUACUACAACACUGAAAGUGAUGAAGGAAUGCAUGGUGAGACUUCUCUAUUGCGAAAUGCUUGGGUAUGAUGCUUCGUUUGGCCAUAUACAUGCAAUCAAGUUGGCUCAACAAGGGAAUCUGCUAGAGAAAAGAGUAGGUUAUUUGGCUGUUUCUUUAUUUCUACAUGAAAAUCAUGAACUCUUGCUUCUCCUGGUGAAUACAGUUGUAAAGGACUUGCAGAGCACUAACCUGAUAGAAGUAUGUAUGGCACUUACUGUGGUCAGCCAGAUUUUCCCUCGGGAAAUGAUUCCAGCUGUUCUUCCAUUAAUAGAAGAUAAACUUCAGCAUUCUAAGGAAAUAAUACGAAGAAAAGCUGUUUUGGCAUUAUACAAAUUUCUUCUCAUUGCUCCUAAUCAAGUACAGCAUAUUCAUAUUAAGUUUCGGAAAGCACUUUGUGACAGAGAUGUUGGAGUCAUGGCUGCUUCUUUGCACAUAUACUAUAGGAUGAUUAAGGAGAAUGCACCUGCAUAUAAAGAUUUGACUGGGAGUUUUGUAACCAUUUUGAAGCAAGUAGUAGGAGGCAAGCUCCCAGUAGAUUUCAAUUACCACAGUGUGCCAGCACCAUGGUUACAGAUCCAGCUCUUGAGAAUACUAGGACUUCUAGGAAAAGAUGAUCAAAGGACAAGUGAAUUAAUGUAUGAUGUUCUUGAUGAAUCCUUACGAAGAGCCGAAUUAAAUCACAAUGUCACAUAUGCUAUUUUGUUUGAGUGUGUGCAUACAGUCUAUUCUAUUUACCCCAAAUCAGAAUUACUUGAGAAGGCUGCCAAGUGCAUUGGAAAAUUUGUUCUGUCACCUAAAAUAAACCUCAAAUACUUAGGACUGAAGGCGCUAACUUAUGUUAUCCAACAGGAUCCAACUCUGGCUCUUCAACACCAGAUGACGAUAAUUGAGUGCUUAGAUCAUCCUGAUCCCAUUAUUAAAAGAGAGGUAAAGCCUCAGGCAUACAAGUCUGUUAAUAUUUUUGAAGACUAUAUGUUAGUGAAAGAGAAGCACAGCAUCACUCUGCCACAUGCAGUGCUGGGGACUGUGCUAAAGGCCUCAUGCAUGGGAGUCCGUGUUCCGCCUGCUGUGCCACAUCCUGGGCCAGUGUUGGGGGAGUAUUCCUACCUUUUAGGUAAGGAUACAGCAGAGGAAGUGAUAACCAAACUCUACAAGUUACUGCUGAGUGACUCAGUUUCUUCAGAGACUAAAGCCUGGUUAUUUGCUGCUGUAACUAAAUUGACAUCCCAAGCUCACUCUUCUAAUAUAGUUGAGAGAUUAAUUCAGGAAUUUACAGUAUCUCUAGAUACUUGUAUGAGACAGCAUGCAUUUGAAUUAAAACAUUUGCUUGAGGAUGUGGAACUUAUGAGAAAUUUGCUUCCAGUUGAUAAGAGUUGUGAAGAUAUGGUGGUAGAUGCUUCUUUGUCUUUUCUGGAUGGUUUUGUGGCUGAAGAACUUAGUAAAGGGGCAGCACCGUAUAAACCUCACCAUCAACGUCAGGAGGAAAAGCUUUCUCAGGAAAAAGUUCUCAAUUUUGAGCCAUAUGGACUUUCCUUUUCUUCAUCUGGCUUCGCUGGACGACAGUCUCCUGCUGGUGUUUCUCUUGGUUCAGAUAUAUCUGGCAAUAGUGCUGAGAUGGGGCUGAAAGAGACAAAUAGCUUAAAGCUAGAAGGUGUAAAGAAACUAUGGGGAAAAGAAGGCUAUCUUCCCAAGAAGGAAAACAAAACUGGUGAUGAAACUGAAGCUCCGCCUAAUCCUCAGGAAGCUAUAACAAUGGAAAAUGUAGAUCAAAUUGUAACAAAAAAGGACCAAUCUCAAGUCCUUACCCAAUCUAAAGAAGAGAAAGAAAAGCAGCUGUUGGCAUCAUCAUUAUUCGUUGGGCUUGGAUCAGAAAGUUCAAUCAAUUUGCUAGGAAAAGCAGAUACUGCCUCUCACAAGUUCAGAAGGAAAUCAAAAGCCAAGGAAACCAAAAGUAGAGAAACAACCAGUGCUCAGGAUAUGCCCUGUUCUUCCUUGGGCUCUUCGUCGAGUGUCACUUAUGAAGAAGACUAUUAUUUGGAUAAUUUGCAGGGUAGAGUAGACACAGAUUUAGAGAAAUUUUCUCUCAAUUCAGAACUUUUAGAUUCUGACACACUCAAAGAACAUCCUCUGGUUGAGGAACUCUCAAAUUGUAGUCUGUCUACACCAUCGUUAUUUGCUGAUAGCAACAUGGAAGUUUUUCAUCCUCCUGAAUCCAUUGCAGCCUCAAUUGAUAAUGAACCCUCUUUAGCUUCUUCUCUGUUGGAAGAAGCUACUGAACAUAUGUAUUCAGAUCUUACGGAGGUCUGUAAUAAUGAAACCAUAUCAGUGUCUGCUUACAAAAUUUGGAAAGAUGACUGCUUGUUGAUUGUCUGGUCAGUUUCUAGUAAGAGUGGUGUGGACUUAGAAAAUGCUAAUUUAGAAAUUGUUCCUGCAGAAAAUUUCAAGAUCACGGAGCAACCUGGAUGCUGUUUGCCUGAAGGAGAAGCAGAAAGCACCAAAAACUUUCAGUAUAGUGUACAUAUGGAAAAACCUUGUACAGAAGGAAAUCUUUCUGGUUUUGUAAACUAUCAAAUGAUGAAUACUCAUUCUGCUCAGCUUGAAUUUUCAGUAAACUUAUCGCUAUUAGAUUUCAUUAGACCAUUAAAAAUAUCCACUGAAGACUUUGGCAAACUUUGGUUAUCCUUUGCAAAUGAUGUGAAGCAAAAUGUGAAAAUGUCAGAAUCUCAAGCUGCUUUGUCUUCUGCCCUAAAGACCCUGCAACAGAAAAUAAGAUUUCACGUUGUUGACGUUAUAGGCAACGAAGGGCUGUUGGCCUGUCAGCUGCUACCGUCAAUCCCUUGCUUGCUGCAUUUCCGAGUUCACGCUGACAUCGUAGCUCUGUGGUUCAGAUCUUCCUGCUCUACUCUUCCUGACUACUUACUGUAUCAGUGUCAGAAGAUGAUAGAGGAAUCCUAGCAGAAACUCCACUUGUAUCUUACUCCAUCAAAGUGAUCGGUUUACAUAGAUAAGACUUAUUUACCAAAGUAAAAAAGAUUUCAUGGUACUUUGAAUGAAGUUGGGGAUUAUUAUACUUGUGGUGUUAUGUAUUUUCUUUGGUAGAUCAAGAAAGAUCCCCAAGAAAUGGUAACCCUAAUCUUUUACUCAGGUUUGUACAGUCUGUUUGGGUCUCAAAAUAGUGGCCUAAGCUAAUGUUAUAAACUGCUAAUUUAUAUAUCAUUUAGUGUAGAGGGACUGAAAAUAUUUAUUUUGUUAUGAAUAAUUUUAUAGCAAAUUUACUCUACUGCUGGUGAUAUAUAGUAAAGCCAAGUAUCGGUUCUCUGCAUUAGGAAGAGGAACAUGGAGUUGAUAAUCCCAAAUCUAAUUUAUAAUUGACUUUUGAAUGCAAGAUAUGCUUUUUGGUAGGCAAGUCACUGCUUUCAGUUUUUUCAGUUUUGCUCAGAUUAGUGUUGAGCUACUUUGGCACAUAGCACACAUUAACAUUUCAGGAGAUCUGUGAGCAAGCUAGGUAAGGGAAGAUUCAAUCUGUGAGACAGUUUUUAUUCUCUCUCUCUCUCUCUCUCUCUCUCUCUCUAUAUAUAUAUAUAUAUAUAUAUCUUGUACUUGCAGAUAAUUUGGCUAUGAAAUGUGUAUGUUUUCUACUUGCAUUUAUCUUUAAAAUUCUAAACGAAUCACUUCAUUCUUAUUUUAAAAUCUCAGACCCAUUUAUAUAUUAUUAUAGAAAAGCAAACCUCUUUUUUUAUGUUUCUUUAUUGGGAGGUGUUAAUAGUUUACAGUCAGCAGGAAAAUACAAUAGUUUAUACAUGUGCAACAUUUCCACAUAACAAUACAACCCCCUCUAGGCCCUCUGUCAUCAUGUUCCAGGACCUGAACUCUCUCCCCCACCCCAGAGUCUCUUACUUUGGUGCAGUACAUCAACUCCAGUCCAAGUUAAAAGCAAACUUCUUAAGUGCACUAGAGAAAAAUUAUGACAAGUAUUUUGUGUUACCAAUUAGGCCCAUUUGACAGAUUAAAAUCUGUGGAUAAAGUAUAAAUGCCAAAACCAUCUUUUCUAGACUUUAAACUCACUAGUGCUUGGUACAAUAGAAGAAGCAGUCACUGUCUUAAGUAUGCCAUAGAAUAAAUUGUGUGUAGAUAUGUCAGGGAUUGAAGCCGGGGCCUCAUACAUGCAAGGCAUGUGCUCUACCACUGAGUUACAUCCCUGGCCUAAAAUAAAUUAUUUUCAUGUUAUAGUUGUGUCUCUAUGGCCUUUAUCUGUAAAAGAAAAGGUUAAACUAGUAUGAAUGAAGGUUCAGAAUUUUGAGCUUGUACAUUAAUGUUAAAAACUCAAAGAGUAUUUUAUAAAAACAUAUGGUGCUGUGGAAAAUAUUCAUUAUUUCACUCUGAAUCUUCACCCUGGAGAAUAUUCAGGUAAUAGUUUUAAGUCAUUGCAUUUAAUACUCUGUCUAGUUAGUAUGGAUUAUUACAUCGGUGUGGAAUCUGGUUUCAGUUUAUUUUAUUAAGCGUAGCUCAUAGAGAUGUUGAGGGGGUUCCCCAGACUGAUAGAUUUCGUUGCCACUUAUGUCUGUAGAGUUUUCCUUCUUAAAAACAAAACCAGUAUUUUAAUUUUUUAAGUCAUUCACUUAAAAAUAAUUCCUUGUUAAUUUUAUGCUUUUAAGAACAUACAGUAAAACCUGGCCACAAGAACAGUAAUAAGUGAGUGGAAUUUCCUAUGUAAAAGGUUUCUUCUUUUAAAUAGAAGAUCUCCAUCCUCAAGCUCCCAGAAUCCCCAUGGCACAGAGAAUGCGCUGUCUCUGGGGGGUGUGGUGGAUACUGGUAGCUAGCCUUAUCAGCAUCUUCUUUAUUCCUACCUCUAUCAGUAGCACCACUCACCCCACCUGAUUCUGCUGCUGCUUUGACAAAGAGAUAGGAUGUGACCUCUCACUCUCAAGGAAUGCAAGUCGUGGUAGAGACAGAGCCUACAGAACUGUCUAGUGGUGGGAGACUUAGAAUAGUCUGGGAUUCAGCUUGAAGCGUGAUUUUGGGGUCUGACAAAUAAGACAUGUUGUCACUGUGUUCUUUCAGAACCCGCUAAGUAAAAUGUAGCAGUAGCAAGGUUUCUACUGAAAUGUUUAGUAGAAUGUUUACAAUUUUUAUAUUUUUUAUAGUUUUGAAAAACAGACUAGAAGAUAGAUUUUAAAGAAUUUUGGGACAGUAUAUAUUCUGCUUGAGCUAAUUCAUUGCUUUUGAGUUUUUGAAUCAGCCAUCACCAGCCUUAUUUUGCUCAGUGGGAGAUGUGACUAUACAGUAGAGAGAAUGAUUCUGUGCGUAGAUCAUGUCUGCACCUUAUAGUCAUAAUUUAUUCAGCUAUAGGAACAACAUCUGGAGUAAGCACUAGCUAGAGGAGGAUGUUCAGCUGCUUGAGCUGGUGCCAGGCAUCUGACUUAAGAAUGGAGGUGGUAGUGGUUAUGAAUCUGGGGGAGGAUAAAGGGACGAUGUGAAAGCCUUAAAGGCAAGUGGAGGAAGGAGACUCAGUCUCUCACUAGAAUAGUCCCUGUGGAGGCAAGCAGCCCUGGAUAAGGGUGUUUGUUUGUAAAUAAACUGCAGAUGGAAGAUGAGUAGUUAUGAAUGCUCAUGUGCCAAGCAUGAUAAGUACAACGUAUGCUCUGCAGAGGAGCCUUAUUUUAAGUGAUAUUUCAUUGUUUGAUACCAAAACAGUUGUGAUGAGAAUGCAGUGCUUUUUGUUUUGUUUCAUGUAAGUAAUAUUUUUAAAAUACCAAUCUAUUUGUCUUAUUUUUUUAUUGAUAAAUGUGGUCUUUGAUGAUUGUGAACCAUUGAAAAUGCACUGAACCUAUUCACAUGUCUUUUAAGAUGUUUUGCUGUGCUGAAAUUUUAGAAGGGAAAAAUAUGAGUAACAACAGACAUUAAUUAUCUUAUUUUACAGUUGCAUUCUGUAAUUUGAAAAAAAUCAGUUAAACAUGUAAUAAAUACUGAGUGAUCUA